CUGUCUUGCAGGGGGCGUGUUGGCGCGGUCCCUGGCGCCGAAAGGGGGGCAAUCGACACCGACAGGACCGCCCAGAGCCCGCAUUGGGAGCUGGUGGAGGCGUGUUUGGUCACUUUUCUCUCAACAAAACCAUCCAGUUCCUCACACGCCGCAUGCACAGCACCAUAGGUACGCUGAUAUAGUCGCACACCGUUCUUUUAUAAUCGUCUUAUCCCCCGCAUCGGCUCAGUCCUUGGCUUCUUUUUCCCUCUUUUGCAAUGUCCAACAGCGAGACUCUCCCUCUCUACAACCAAGACCUCCACGAGGAAUCUGAGGAAAUGGCACCCACAAGCGCCCGCCGAGCUGCUGCUGAGUGCGUCUCCGAUGAAGCUCUGAUUCAUCUCAAGUCGUACAAGUAUUCCGCCGUCGAUAAAUCGCCUGUUUCCAAGUACAUUCUCGGACCAUGGUGGAAUACCUUUGUCGAGUUUCUGCCCCUGUGGAUGGCCCCCAACAUGGUGACGUUGGUUGGCUUCGGCUUCAUCCUCUUCAACGUAGCCUUGCUGGUCAUCGUCAUGCCUGACCUCGUUGGACCGGGCCCCUCAUGGAUCUAUUUCAGCUUCGCUUUUGGCCUUUUCAUGUACCAGACCAUGGACAACGUUGACGGAAAGCAAGCCCGACGAACCGGAACAUCCAGCGGUCUUGGCGAACUCUUCGACCACGGUAUCGACUCUCUCAACUGCACACUUGCCAGUCUGCUCGAAACCGCCGCCAUGGGCUUGGGAACUUCGCCUGCUGGUGUCUUCACGGCACUCUGCCCCGUCCUGCCCAUGUUCUUCUCGACCUGGGAGACCUACCAUACCCACACUCUCUACUUGGGCUACAUCAAUGGCCCUACCGAAGGCAUUCUCAUUGCUUGUUUCAUGAUGAUUGUCUCCGGAAUCUGGGGUCCCCAGGUUUGGACUCAGCCCAUCAUUCACCUCUUUGGUGACGCGCUCCCUGGCCUGCAUGGUAUGAUUGGCGAGACUUCAUUCAGAGAUAUCUGGAUCGGCUUAAUUAUCGUUUCCAUGAUCCUCACCCACAUUCCCUUUUGCGUAUACAAUGUCAUCAAGGCCCGCCAUGCCAACAACCUGCCCAUUUUACCCGUCUUCAUGGAGUGGCGCGGAAUUAUUACCUUUACUGCAUCUAUCUGCUUCUGGCUCACUUCGCCAUACAGCUCUCUGAUGGGCGACAACCAUUUGGUGCUCUUCUGUGUUACCAUGGCUUUUGUUUUCGGACGUCUCACCACCAAGAUGAUUCUCGCCCAUCUUACUCGUCAAGCCUUCCCCUACUGGACUGUCAUGAUUUGGCCUCUUGUUGGCGGCGCCGUCUUGACCAACAUGCCUCGUCUUGGCUUCCCCCAGAUCAGCGCUGCUAUGGAGCUUUACUACAUGUGGGCUUACUUCUUUGUUGCAUUCGUCAUCUACGCCCGCUGGGCCCAUCUCGUCAUCACCAGCAUCUGCUCGUUCCUCGGUAUCAAUGCUCUGACUAUCCCCAAGGAGAAGCAGAUUGCCAAUAAACUGGCCCGUGAUGCUACCAAGCUUCACUAAGCUACUACAAGACAGGAUGGUACGGCUUAGACCGCUGUUACUGGACCCUGUUUCAACAGUCAACCACCAGGAGCGGGUACAUAUGUGUUGUCCCAAAGAGCUCGCUAGGUCACAGUUUAGGCCAGUGCAUGUUCAACCGGCGUUUGGGAAUACUUUUUAAAGUUUUUAAUCCAGUGUUUUCUUUUCAAUUGGAUGACAGACACCGCUGGAGCCGGUGAUUCUGGUGUUGUAUAUUAUCCAACCAACGAUUUACGUUAACCGCCAUUUGCAGCGGAACCUUUUUUUGGUAGUACCUCUAUUAAAACACUUUUUUUUUCUCAACAUAUA